AUGGGUUCCCUGCCACCUGAGCGCUUAUCCACAGACAAGCCAUUUCGCCACGUUGGAGUCGACUUCUGCGGUCCAGUGAACACCUAUCUUCGAAUACGUGGCAAGGGUCCCACAAAAUCCUAUAUCGCCAUAUAUGUCUGCAUGGCCGUAAAGGCCGUUCACAUUGAAAUCGUGUCAGAUCUUUCAACGAAUAAGUUUUUGGAAUCGUUGAAACGCAUGGUUGCCCGUCGUGGACCAGUAUCGCACAUCUAUUGUGACAACGCCACAAAUUUUGUCGGAGCAUCCAACAAGCUACUCGAGUUGAAGAAGUUCAUGUUGGCUCCACACUUUGGCGGUCUUUGGGAGGCCGCUGUCAAGAGCGCAAAGAGUCUGCUGGUGCGUACCCUCGCUAACACCCGGUUCACCUUUGAGGAACUGAAUACCGCAGUCGUUGAGAUAGAAGCAGUACUCAGCUCUCGCCCGCUGUCACCGCUAUCAUCUGAUCCCAACGACUUCAGCGCUCUCACUGCAGGACACUUUCUAAAUGGAGAUGCACCGCGCGCUUUGCCCGAGCGUGAGAUUGUCACCAACAACAUCUCCAACUUGGAUCGUUACGAGCAGAUCACAGCUGUUAAACAGCAAUUCUGGCGUCGUUGGUCUGCGGAGUAUGUGAACGAGCUUCGAGCCAGGACAAAGUGGACUUCGGCUUCCCCAAAUCUCACAGUUGACUCUAUGGUCAUCAUACAUGAGGACAACACACCGCCAUUACACUGGAAAUUAGGGCGUGUUGAGUCUGUUGUGUGA